AUGGCGGGUAUGCACGGCGUUGCUCCUUUGCUUGCACUCGCAUUGCUUAUUGCAGCCUUUAGGUUGGCUCCAACGGGUGUGCAGUCUGUUGGCGUGUGCUACGGCAAGAUUGGCGACGACCUCCCGUCGCCGCGCGACGUGGUGCAGCUCUACAAAUCCAGCGGCAUCAAAAACAUGCGCAUCUACUUCCCUGACAGUCAGGUCAUGGAGGCCCUGCGCGGCUCAGGAAUCGGACUCAUCAUUGCAGUCGUCAAUGAAGACAUCGCCAGCCUCGCUGCUAUACAAUCAUACGCAGCAUCUUGGGUCCAGACCAACGUCAGUCCUUACUACCCUGACGUGAACAUCAUGUACAUCGCCGUCGGCAAUGAGGUCGAAGACGGCGCCGCCCAAAGCAUCCUCCCGGCCAUGCAGAACCUCGAAGGUGCCCUGGCCGCGGCCGGCCACGCCAGCAUCAAGGUGUCCACGGCCGUGAGGCUAGACGUGAUCACCAACUCAUCCCCCCCUUCCCAUGGCGAGUUCGGGAAGCCCUACAUGGGGGGCAUAGCACGGUUCUUGGCGAGCACCGGCGCGCCGCUCCUCGCCAACGUGUACCCCUACUUCGCCUACAGUGACAACCCGGGAGACAUCAGCCUCAACUACGCGCUCUUCUUGCCGGGCACGACGGUAAAGGAUGAUGGCAACGGGCUGAUCUACACGAACCUCUUCGACGCCAUGGUCGACUCCAUCUACGCCGCGCUGGAGAAGGUAGAGGCGCCAAACGUCAUGGUCGUCGUGUCAGAGAGCGGGUGGCCGUCGGCCGGUGGAACGGCGACCAGCGUGCAGAACGCGCAGACGUACAACCAGAACCUGAUCAACCAUGCCGUCCAGGGCACCCCCAAGAGGCCCGGGGCGUUGGAGACGUUCGUUUUCGCCAUGUUCAACGAGAACCAGAAGCCGGGGGCACCGACAGAGAAAAGCUUCGGGCUCUUCUAUCCUAACAAGUCUCCGGUGUAUCCUAUCACUUUCCGAUAA